AUGGAUCCGCAUAACCAGUCUCAGCAUCCACAGCAGCCCCGGCAGAUGCCGGCCUACGAUCUGAGCAAUGGCGGCCACUAUGGUGCAAGCGCAGCGAUCUCAGCGCAAGGAUUUGCCCCUUCAGAGCUCUACACUGGCACAUGGGCCAAUGUGCAUCAGGGUCUCACCGGGCACUACAAGGAUAUCCUGACAGCCUACUGGCAGCAAACCAUCCAUCACCUCGAGAAUGACCAGCACGACUACAAGAUGCACCAGCUCCCCCUGGCCCGGAUAAAGAAGGUUAUGAAGGCCGAUCCCGAUGUUAAGAUGAUCUCUGCUGAGGCUCCGAUCCUCUUUGCCAAGGGUUGCGAUAUCUUCAUCACCGAGCUGACCAUGAGGGCUUGGAUCCAUGCUGAGGAGAAUAAGAGACGCACCUUGCAGCGUUCGGACAUUGCUUCGGCGCUGGCGAAGUCCGACAUGUUUGACUUCCUCAUCGAUAUCGUCCCGCGCGAGGAAGCCCAAACCCACAAGCGGAGCAGCAAUCAUCAGGCUGCUGCCGCGGCGGCUGCAGCCCAACAAUCAGCUGCCCAGACCCAGAUUCCCGGUGUUGGUGCGCCUAACCAUACUGGCGGCCACCCGAUGGCCACGACCGAUUACACACUUAGUGGUCAGCACAUGGGCACCGAGGCCGACUACCGCCAGACCCAGACCAUGUACACAGGCCAGGUCCAGACGGGCGCGCCGGCGUAUGGCCAGCCCCAGGCGCAGAUGUACAAUGUCGACGACAUGUAUACCUAUGGAACCAUGCCUCCGCAGCAGGCAGCGCCCCUGAAGCAGGAGGGGCAGGGCCAGAUGCCGGUGAUUAAGGAUGAGCCGUUCGAAGACCUAGGCGGGUUCGAUCUCCAGAACGUGCAGGAGGGGACGCUGCCGCAGACAGAGUCGGUUGACCUGAAUUCCAAAACCACAGGUUAUGCAAGGCAGAUGUGA